AUGUUUGAAUCUGCCCUCCAACGUGCCUCAGAACUCGAUGCCUAUUUCGCGGAACACAAAGAGCCAAUAGGUCCAUUACACGGUCUUCCACCCAAAAAAGAAAAAGAAAAAGAAAAAGAAAGUCAAGUUGUCACUGAUCUUCGCUCUCUUGGUACAGUUAUCUACGUGAAGACCAGUGUUCCUCAGGGGUCUAUGUCCGCAGAGACACGUAACAAUAUCAUCGGUUAUACACCUAAUCCUCGUAAUCGUCAACUCACUGUUGGGGGAAGUUCGGGUGGCGAAGGCGGCCUUUUAGCUCUGCGAGGAAGCUCUGUCGGACUUGGAACCGGCAUCGGCGCCUCGACUCGUGUCCCAGCAGACGGGAUCAUGCUUCCGUUUGUGGUUGGGCCAACGGCGACACAGGCAAGUGGACUGGAAUUGAUGAUGAGGAGCUUGUUGCAAACUGAGCCAUGGAGGAGGGAUCCCAUGGUCAUUGAACUUCCUUGGAAAGAGGAUAAACUUAUCAAAAUGCAUGAAGAAAUAAGUGUCAAGGACAAAAUGGCAUUUGGAAUCAUGAUCGGCGAUGGGUAUGUGAAUCCACAACCACCUGUAGAGAGAGCAAUGAGAAUGGUUACAGAUGCGAUCAAGGCGCUAGGCCAUAAGAUAUAUCUUCACUUCCAGAUGCAAAAGAUUCUUGCUAAAACUGCCAGGUCAUCGAAUGGAAGCCGCCGAGCCACACCGCUGUUUAAAAUUUGCUUUGCCGACGGUGGUAAGGCUCAUCACUCAGCACUUGCGAUAUCUGGAGAGCCUCCAACCGAACCUAUCUUAGGAACUUGUCCCUUCUUAGCCUAGGCAUACUCAGAGGAAUGGGGCGUAGUGAAGAGUAGUAAAGAACUACAAAGAAGGAAAAGGAGGGUAAAGCAUAGAGAGGGGGAUA